CGUCAGCCAGCCCUGCCAUCUAGUGAACGCUGCUACUGGAGCUGCCGUAUACCCUGCAGAGAGCUGUGUGUGUAUAUGUGUGUGUGUUUAAGUGCAUGAGUGUACGCAGAUGGGAAAGCAACUGAGUCAGGGAGGGCUGCCUCUCAUCUCUCUGCUGUUAUCACCAUCCUUCACUCUCCCUUCUCUCCUCCUCUGCUGCCAUGGAGCUCCAGCAGGCUGAAUCACAACAGCGUCUGCAGAAAGGGCCGAGGUAGAUGUGUGUGUGAAUGCGGUGCUCCAUUGGGCCAGUAUGGAGCGUGUGUGUCUGAGGAGGUGGGCAUCGGGCUCUGCUGUUGUGUUCCUUCACACACUGGCCUUAUCCUGGACAGGUGCGAUUGAGCCCGCCCCCAAAAUUGAUGGAUGGCACCGGGGAGCAUUGACAAUGCAUGAGAACACGACACACAGGUUUAACUGCCAAUCAGAUGGCUGGGAUCCUCACGCCCCUCCAAUGCUGACCUGGUACCUGAACGGGGUGCCGCAGGGAGAGCCAUCACCCAACCGUGGGCGCCUGGUGAUGACAUCGCAGGAAGAUUCUGAGGUCAUGAGACCAGGGAUCAAUCACAACAGCACCUUCUCUCUGCAGGCCAGAAAGUGGGACAGGGAGCUAGUGUGUGUGGCCUCAAAUCCCCGGACAGGAGAGAGCUACAACGCCACAGUCACACUCAACGUCCAGUUCCAGCCAGAGAUCCUCAGGGUGAACGCCCACUACAGUGAAACCUCAGACCCAGGCCUCUCCCUGGUCCUAUUCGCCUUGGUACGGUCCAACCCACCUGCCACCAUCACCUUCGUCGACCAGUCUGGCCAGUUGGUAGCUAACACCUCUGACUUCCUCAUCCUGGACUCACGAAGCUACCCCUGGCUGACCAAUCACACGCUGAGGGUGACGCUCAGUAGCCUAUCAGGGAAUGUCUCGCUGAACGCCAGCAACAGUGUGGGAACGGUGCAGAGCAACCUCACGUUAGCAGAGUUCCUGCAGUCUCGUGUGGAGGUGCCCAUGCUGGGAAUAGUGACUGGGGGAGCCAUGGCCUUCAUGGCCCUCCUCAUCCUCAGUCUGAUAGUUCUCUGCCUCAUGCAAAAAAACAAAAGCAAGACCAUUGACGAGCCAGUGGAGAUUCUGAUGACCAAGAAAAGUGACUCUGUCAAUCUGAAGACAGAGAAAGCUGAUAUGAACAUCAUCCCCAGAGAGAACAUGUCUCUGCCUUCCAACAUGCAGCUCAAUGACCUCAGCACUUUGAGAAAAGCCCGAGAGGCUGCCCAGCAGAACAGUGUGGGAGAGAAGAAGGAAGAGGAGGAGGAAGAUCUGUCUUUAGCCUAUGCCGCCAGAGGUUUCGCCAGGUAUCCGAUGGUGGGCUACAUCUAUAAGGUGAACAGCACAAGCAGUGAGGAGAUCUGGCUCUGACUUACCUCAAAGUUAGCACACCGACUGUACAUGCAUGCAUAACUGCUCCCAACAGUGCAGCUGUCCAAGAGGAAACCCAGAACAACUGCCAGUCAGUCAUUCUACCACUCAUCCGUCACCUUCUAGUUGGACAGCGGAUGACCAGCAACCACAGGCUAUGUUAUUGUGGAGCUCUUAUCAGUUUCUGGACCAGAUAACAGAAUCAACACGCUCAAUGUGAGUAUCAUGUCUGCGAAACAAAACUGUCCCUGUUCUUGUCUCUCUGAAUCGAGCGUUCGGGUAUUUACACUGCUUGUCUCAACAAUGCAAAGUAUGAUUUCUACAUAAAAAAGCUCAUAUUCUGAAAUGUUUGGACAUGAUUUCCUCCUGUAACCACCAUGCUCAUAACGUCGUCGUCCCUGUUGCAUUAUUGGAAUGCAUUAAAUGUUCUAUGCUAAGACCAGAAUGUCCAGGAUAAUGUACUGUAUGUGAGAUUUUACAUUUUUGACCGCUAAUACCUAAAUAAAGUGGUCCAUAAUUAUAGAGUAUGUAUUUGUAUAUGGACAUGUAACAUGUCAUGUACUGUAUAUUUGUAUGCAUAUGCAUAUGUGUAUAAAAGAGGACAUCUAAUAAAGAUAAUAUUGAAAUUGUA